AAGCGGCAGUAAAGCGCGAUCGUAUGUGGCGCGGUGACCAGUGCUGCUGAGUUUGUUCGCAUUGAAGCUACGUGUGUGUUAACAUUAUAGUCGACAAGUUGCACAGGUCCACUACAGAAUGCAGUGGAGCGGCCGCGUGGGCACCAUUCUGCUGGUGUUAGCGGCGAUGCUGCAGCUGUCUGCUGGCCUCACAGGUUGUGAGCAGUUAAAACAAGAAGCUGAGAGACAUUCCCGAAUGUUGCAAGAACCUGUAAGAAUCCCUAAAUGCACCCACAGUGGUGAAUUUGAGCCUGUCCAGUGUAAUUCCAAUAGCUGCUGGUGUGUAGAUGAAGCAGGUCUUGAAUUAGCUGGAACACGAGCUCAGAGUCAUGAGCUCAUCAACUGCUCAGAUCCAAAGCCAUGUGCAGGGCCAACCUGUCGCAUGCUUUGUCCUCAUGGUUUUGUAAUGGAUGAGUCUGGAUGCCCAAAGUGUGAAUGCUAUGACCCGUGCAUAGAGCUCAAGUGUCCUGGUUCUCUGAUGUGUGAACUAGAAGAAGCUACAUGUUCCACACCACCUUGCCCCCCUAUACCAAAAUGUAAAAGAGGCCGCAGUUUGAAUGACCUGUGUCCAUCUGGAGAACCACUAAAAAUAACCAACACACCACGUCCAUUUCUUUGUGGUUUAUCACCUGGAAAGCCACAGUGUCCACCAUUAUACCAGUGUAUGGUUAACACCGGUCAUGAUUAUGGUGUGUGUUGUCCAGCAUCUUUCAGUCUCCAAAAACCUGGCUCUUGCCCAAUUUGGGACCAAAAUGACCCAAAUAAUUCUAUAACAUGUGGAAUGAAAUGUAAUUAUGACUUGGAAUGCCCAUCAAUGCAGAAAUGUUGUGAGACGGAUGUUUGUGGUAAACACUGUAGUCAGCCACAGGAUGUGACAGUUUGCCUUCAGCAAAAAUUGCUUGCUGAACUACUGUCCAUGAAUGAGAAAGAAGGAAAAGGAUAUAUCCCACAAUGUUCAGAGAGUACUGGAGAAUUCGAAGCAAAGCAGUGUAGUAGGAAUGGACUGGUUUGUUGGUGUGUUGAUUCCAAAGGAGACAAGAUAUCUGGAACAAUGGGGCCUGGAGCUAAAGUCAAUUGUGAAAAAGUGUCACGAACAAGAGGAACAGGGCGCAGUACAUCUCCAUCAUGUGAUCUCAAUAUCUGUGCACAAGUGUGCGAAUAUGGGUUUAAAACUGGAGAUGAUGGAUGCCGAACAUGUGAAUGUGAUAACCCAUGUGAAGGAUUCACAUGUGGUGAUGGAGAAGAAUGUGUUGCUGUCAAGGAUGACUCAUGCACAGAUUUCUUGUGUCCUACCUUACCUGUUUGUCGUCAAAAAAAGGCAUUUAUGAAUCUCUGUGGUGUAAGCAGUCCUCUAGUUGAUGCUGAAACUGGAGAAGCAGUAGAAUGUAAAAUAAAUAAUACAGCAAUUAAUUGUCCAAGCAAUUAUGAAUGUGUGUCUGCUAAUGACACAGAUCAUGGUGUCUGUUGUAUCAGUGAAGGUAGACCAGAACAAAUACAACUGGAUGUAUGUAUAUCAGAACCAGAAGAAAAUUGUGAAAGGUUAAUGCCAUGUCAGGCAGAUAAUGAUUGUGAAGAAUAUAGCAGAUGCUGUUUUAGUGAUAUUUGUGGUGCAGUAUGUAUGAGUACUCCAGUACCAGAAGAACGGCCACAGACAAUGUGUGAAUACUUGCGUGACUUCAAUGAUAAAAUGGAAGGAACAAGAGAAGGUAUGAGUCUUGCAUUACCUGCUCCUAGAUGCCAUCCAAAUGGUUCAUAUGAGGCAAUGCAGUGUUCAUUGCAUAAUGGCAGAGAAGAAUGUUGGUGUGUGGAUGAAUUUGGUUCAGAAAUACCCCAUUCAAGGAACAAUGGCUCAACAAACUGUGCAUCAUUACGUGAAGAAAUAUCAUGCCUGGGCCUUACAUGUAGGCUGGGUUGUGACUAUGGCUUUGAAAUUGAUCCAGAAACCAGGUGUCCACGUUGUGAAUGUAGGAAUCCUUGUGAUUCUAUCCAGUGUUCUUUAGAGGAAGAAUGUCAGAUGGUGGAGGUAAACUGUGAUGACGAAUUCUGCCCGUCUGUACCUGCAUGUCUGCCCAAGAAACCUGGCCAGUGUCCAUAUCUAAUACCAAUGAAUUCUGGAUCUUGUGACUAUGAAUGUAAGUCAGACAAUGACUGCAAUUCCACAUCAAAAUGCUGUUCUAAUGGAUGUGGAACACAGUGUAUUGAGCCUGUUCUUCUUACAGCAUGCCAACAUCAAAAGGCAAUAGUACAGCAUAAAGCACACGAGAAGGGCAUUCCAGCGAGGCAGUUGUAUGUGCCCCAGUGCAAUGAUGAGGAUGGGUCAUUUGAACAAAUUCAGUGUCAUCCUGUGAGCAGACAAUGUUGGUGCGUUGAUGAGAAAGGUGAAGAGCUGCCUGGUACCAGAGCACCACCUGAUGUACAGCCAUCCUGCAGUGCUCCUGCUGAAUGUCCUGAACUGGAAUGUGAGCCUUGUGAGCAUGGCCACCAUAUGGAUCAGUUUGGAUGCCAGACCUGCAAGUGUCGCAAUCCUUGUGAAGAUAUCUCGUGCAAUGGUGAUGGAGAGACGUGUCGCCUUGUUAAAGUAUCAUGUAUAGACAGGCCUUGUCCACCAGUACCCAUGUGCUUGCCACACAAAGAGAACCCCUGUCUCUAUGGACACCCUCUGUUGUUGAAAAACACAUCUAAAGUGAUGCAGUGUGGCCCAAAUGGCUUGCAGUGCCCUUCAUCACACAAAUGUCAUUUGAGUCCUUUUGGAGAAUAUGCUGUCUGCUGCCCAAAACCAAGAGAUGUGUGUUUUGAACCCAAAGAUGAAGGUUUUUGCAAUACAGCUAAUGAUUCUAGAUGGUACUUUAAUGCCGAGAAGAAUAAAUGUGAAAUAUUUAACUUUGGUGGCUGUGGAGGAAAUCAGAACAGUUUUGAAUCAGAAGAAAUUUGUAAUACUGUUUGCCCAGUUCUGAGUCAGUGUGAACGUCUGCGGGAGAAAAACCAAAAGAUGGCAGAAAUGUAUAAGAAACCUACUUUCAUUCCAAAUUGUAAUCCUGAUACAGGAAACUGGGAGCCAGUUCAGUGCUUGAAGCAUGUUGGUGUUUGUUGGUGUGUCAAUAAAAUUGGCGAACAUGUUAAAGGAUCACUUAUACGUGGUGAUUCACCAAAUUGUAGUUCCCGGCAAGCUCGUAGACGAAUGGAUGUGGAGGAAGAUACCUUGGCAGAAGAACUCUUAAGGGAAGUGUCUCAGUUAAUUGCUCAAGAAGAAUAUAUCCCAGAUGUGAUUGUGAAUGAAGAGGACAGUAUUAUGUUUGAAGAUGGUUUUAAAACAAGGUGCCAAGCACAGAAAGAAAAAUUGUCAGGUGCCAACUCUGCAUACUCGGUCGAAUGCGAUGCUGAGGGCAGAUUUUCUCCGACACAAUGUUACCCACGGAAUUCAGAGAAAUUUCCUGAAUGCUGGUGUGUUGAUGAAGCUGGGAAUCAACUUCCUAAUACCACUACAUUUCAGAGAGGCUCAAAAAUAUGUCUGCCUACGCCAGUGCAAGCUGUUGACAUCACUUUGGGCUUUCAUGGACAUUUCAGCAGAUCGCUUGAAAGCAAACUGGAAACAAAGAUAGCAAAAUUGUUGUUUGAUAUUGGUGCAAAAUUGAAGGACAAUGAACUAAGAAUUGAGGCCCAGCCAGAUACUAUAUUUAUAAACUUUUCUGUGAUUGGCAGCAGUAAGGUUGACGUGUCUUUCUUCUUGGAGCAAAUGGUCAAAAAUGAAAAACUGAUCCUCAAUAUUGGUGAAGGUCGUGCAGCAAAAGCCGAUAUUACAAUCUCACGCUUCACUCAUCGAUUGGCGGAUUAUGACUCAAAUGACAUAGAAUAUUCAGACCGUAUAAUAGCAUUAGAACACCGAGAAAUAGUAUCCCAGUCAACAGUGUCGAUGAUAACUCCAUAUCAAACAGCAAUCAUUGUACUCUGUGUUGGGUCUGCCUUUAUUAUCUGUAUAUUGGUUAUUGUCAUCAUUUUAUACAAGAAGAAGAUUGCAUCCUCUGAGCUUUCAGAAUCUCUUAAUGAAAAGUGUGCAGGACUGGAUCAAAGAUUUUUAGCUCAAGCUCCACCAAUAUAUGUGGUGUCCUUGCCACCAACUAAAACCAUGAGUGAUGAAUCCUCUCAUCACAAAUCAAAAGAGAUUCCGUGUCAGACCAAAGACAGGAAGGAUGGGGUGGCAGAUACCGUUGCCUCAAGUGAAGCAAAACUGGAAGACAGCAGGCCAGAUAAUGAUGUUGUGUAACAUUUUGAUGGUGCAGCAGAGUUGUGGUCCCUCUCUUUAGACUGAAUAAAUGUGACACUCAACUGGUACAAUUGAGGAAAUGAUGACUAUGUGAAAAAGAGCUGGUUCACAGUAUGAAAUGUUUAUUUCAUUUGUGUAUUAUAUGUAUAUUCACCAA